CUGGGCCGCGUUUUGCUGAAACCAUAGGAAUGCGACACACUUUGUAUUUACAGCCCUAAGCGACAACACUUUGUUUUUAUAUCUGGGUUUUUACGAUAAUAUUCAUUAUCUGGUACCGCGGUCGUUUCAGUUUAUGAAGACGUAACGACGCCUCCGACGGUUUGACUAAGUUACAUUUCUUCGCGGAAACAACUUUGUUGCUGUAGUGAGUCUGUUUUUUUCCCCUCGUCCUCAGCUGCGUUUCCGACAUGAGAUCAGGUGGAUAGUGUGUUUCUGCUGGCUAAAAGAGUACCUGAGACUGUCUGAUGCUAGGCUGCUGCUGCCUCAGCCACCAUCAUGUUCACCAAAAAGAAGAAGUCUCGUAUCCAGAUCUCGGCUCCAUCCAACUUUGAGCAUCGCGUACAUACAGACUUUGACGAGCAGGAGCAGAAGUUUGUUGGGUUGCCGCGGCAAUGGCAGUCGCUCAUCGAAGACACAGCCAAAAGGCCCAAACCCUUCAUCGACGCAACUGUCAUCACUACUGUAGAGCCGCGCAAGGCAAUUGUUCGUGGCAACAAGAUGGGAGUGGAUGGCUCUCUGACCUGGCUGUUGGAUGAGUUUGAUGACAUGUCUGUGACUCGCUCCAACUCCCUGCGACGAGGCAGCCCUCCCAUCCAACCUCGCAGGGACUCUAGCUCCUCAGGAGGAGGAGCAGGGCAGGAGAAUGGCGAUCCUCACCACAGACACUACUCACACCCAGACAGACAAGACAGAGACCGACUCAGACCAGGGCACCAGAGCGGAGGUGACCCCCGCCAGGGCCAGCGUGCAGUCCGUCCUUCUCAGAGGGAUGAGGGAGUUCAGGGUCGACCCCAGCAGCAGCCCCGGGGCCAAGAGCCCAGCAGGGCCCACAGGGACAGACCAGGCUCCGGCCCUCCCCCUCCCCCUCACAGAGACAGAGAGCCACGGGACCAGGACCAGGAGCAGGUGGUACGCAGGGAUCAGCCCAGUGAUCACAGGCCAAAGUCAAGCUAUGUGACGCGGGAUGGCAGCCCUCAGUCUCCCAGGGAUAAGAGGCCUCUCUCUGGGCCCAACAUCCGCACCCCAAACCUACCAGUAACAGAUGGGGUGAUAAAGACUGCCCAACAGACCACACGGCCAUUUAACACCUACCCAAGGACAGACAGCGAGGGUGGACGCAGCCCCACCGGACAGCCGGUCCGACACCAUGAAUCUUCCCCUCAAAAUGGCCCCUCUAGUGGUUCUGCCAGAGGUUCCUCCAGCUCUAAGCCCCCUGUAAGCCACCCGCACCCUCAUCACACUUCCCACCCCAGCCUGACCCCUGAGGUCACCCAGCACCCACACACUCCUCACCCCAACGUUCCAGCUCCGCGGCCCCCUGUGUCCUCAGGGCCACCGGUGUCAGGUGCUCCGUCCCAGGGCCGCUCACCACAGAGGGAGCCCCAGAGGGUUUCUCAUGAGCAGUUCAGAGCAGCACUACAGAUGGUGGUGGAUCCUGGUGAUCCAAGGACCUACCUAGACCACUACAUUAAGAUAGGGGAGGGGUCGACAGGGAUUGUGUGUAUAGCCACAGUGAAGACAACAGGAAAACUGGUCGCUGUGAAGAAGAUGGACCUGAGGAAACAACAACGCAGAGAACUCCUCUUCAAUGAGGUGGUCAUCAUGCGGGACUAUCAUCAUGAAAAUGUGGUGGAGAUGUACAACAGUUACCUGGUAGGAGAUGAACUCUGGGUUGUCAUGGAGUUCCUUGAGGGAGGAGCUCUCACUGACAUUGUGACACACACCAGGAUGAACGAGGAGCAGAUUGCCACAGUGUGUCUAUCUGUCCUGAAGGCCUUGUCUGUCCUCCACACACAGGGUGUGAUCCAUAGAGACAUAAAGAGUGACUCCAUCCUCCUCACUCACGAUGGUCGGGUGAAGCUGUCAGACUUUGGUUUCUGUGCCCAGGUAUCUAAGGAAGUGCAGAGAAGGAAGUCUCUGGUUGGAACACCAUACUGGAUGGCACCAGAGCUCAUAUCCAGAUUGCCUUAUGGACCAGAGGUGGAUAUCUGGUCUCUGGGUAUCAUGGUCAUAGAGAUGGUGGAUGGGGAGCCGCCAUACUUCAAUGAGCCACCACUCAAAGCCAUGAAAAUGAUUCGAGACAACCUGCCUCCAAAACUAAAGAACCUGCACAAGGUCUCCCCUGUGCUCAAGGGCUUCCUGGACAGGAUGUUGGUGCGAGACCCGGCUCAGAGGGCCACGGCCAGUGAGCUUCUCAAACACCCCUUCCUUGCAAAGGCGGGUCCACCGUCUUGCAUCGUCCCUCUGAUGAGGCAGAACAGGAUGAGAUGAGACAUAUGACACUAAGACCUCCAGACUGUGGAGGGCAGCACGUGCCAGUUCAGAUGGAACAGAAUACUCCUGCACACAGAAGAGUGGCCCUCAGAGGCCACAGAUGAGAGGUCUGUGCUUCAGACAGAACUCUCAGAGAAGUGCUGUGAGCUGCAGAGUGUAAACUGGGUGUGCAGGAGUAUUCUAUUUUUCUUAUGUGAAUCACUGAACUGUGGGGAGUGUAUUCCCUGAAUAAGAGGCAAUAAGGCGGUAUGUGUGUGUGUGUGUGUGUGCGUGUGUGCGUGCGUGCGUGCGUGUAAGCGUCUGUUGCCAAUGCUGGUAAUGACAGUGUUUCGUAGCCCGUGUGUGUGUGAGCUGUCACUUGGAGUCGUGAAGAGAAGCCACAACUUGCCUGUUGAAUGAUUUCAGCUGAUUUCGUCUAAACAUUUUGUUUUAAUUGAAGGGUCUGACCUGGAAAGGACUGUGGCUGUUUUUAACUUUUCAAUGUGGACUUUACCUGGAUUUUAAGUGUGAAGGUUAGGUUUUGCACACCAGUUAGAUGCUUUUAAGGAGCCGAGAGCCUAAUGGCUAAUUUUAAAGAUAGUCGGAGCAACAUUUUAAUCUCACUAUUGGACAGUCUGGAAGCCGAAUUUUCUUCACUACAAGGACUUCUCUCAUUGAUGGAUACCAGAUUCUGACACUAUCCUCAUCACACCCAGAAGUUACUACUGAGGGAGGAACUCUUUUGACUCAUAAGUGAGCCAGACAGACUUUAUUUUGUAGCCAUAAAAAUACUAGCUUUCUAUUGUAAACAAGAAACAUACACUAAAACAAAAGGUAAACACUGGAGUUGUGGUUUUUUAACAGAUGAAUUUUUCUCUUAUUUUCUCCUUAAUUUCCUGUGUAAGUACAAUGAACAUAGAGAGAUAUAUCAGUUUUGAUGUUUUGCUAUCUCUAUUUUGUGAUUGUUUUAUUAUUAUUAUGAUUUGUUUUCUGGUUUAAUUUAGAGUGAGAUGUUAUGAUUUUUGAAGCACUGUCGACAAGAGAUAGAAGCUGCACUCCCCUUUGAUUCCAGUAUGCAGAUGAUAGACACUAUAGACAUUUUAUUUUGUUUUUUAGACUGGACCAGAAAGAACUUUUAAACCGUUAACCUGAGAGAACGUGAGGAUGAGAAUACACCACGCAAAAACUGAAUGGGUCUAAAAUCCUUACAAAACAGAUCAAAAUCAUUCCUGUUUUGUCUUUUUUUUCUUUUAAACUGCUGGGUUUUACUGUGGCAUUGACCACACCCUGUUUUUUAUCUUCAUUUUUCUCAGCUGAUAGAGGUAACUCACAUCACAAACUAUAGGUUUUUCUGCUUUUAGGGCAAUCAGUGAGUUGUUUUCAUUCUGUGGUGCACGUCAGCCUCCUUGUAAUGUAAUCGCUCUCCUUCAGCAAACACAGCGGCUGCUGUUUUUAGUACAUGGUCAGCUGCUGACGUGAAGGACUGCUCAUCGCGUUCUUCUAUUACGCCACUUGUCCAGUUUAGUCGAUUAAUGUUUGAUUGUCUAGUUAAUGCAUCUGCCUGACUGCCCCUGAAUCCACCUCAUAGUGUGAGUGCUUGAAAGGAGCAAACUGUACGUCUGUCAAGUACCUUAUUCAUAAACAAUAAAGGAAAACUCUUACUCAGCAUGACAAGCUGAAAGGAGCAUUAGAGAUCAGGAAAAAAAGUAGUGUGUUUAGAUUCAUAUCUCAUUGAAUAGUGUUGCUCAAGCUCCUUAGAUAUGAGAUCUGUGAUAAUUUUAGUGUUAUCUGUGAGUGCAUUUUAGUUAGGCAUGCAUUUGGCUUCUGUGAAAGUGGACUAUUAAACAGGUGACAGAAAGAUAACGGAGGUUCUUACAAAGCAGGAAACACUUGCAUUAAAAUCCACUCUGAACACUAGUGAGAAACAGCUGCUAAUAAUGAACGCACACACAUGCAUGAGCUAAAAGAAUCAUUAGACUUAGGUAAAACUGUUUUGGACAGCACUGAGAGUACACAACACUGCUGUCACUUCAGUUUAAAUUUAAAGUUAAGUCAGUUUCCCUACAAACAUACUCUAACAGCAUAUACUCCCAAAUGAUCACCAACAAGCUGCAAAAACCUGUCCACAAACUUUUGUGAAAAUCUGUAGUUUGUUAGAGGUUUUGUUCAUUGAUAGGAGUUCUCCAAAGGGGCUGGAACCAGUUUUCUUAAAUAACACUGUUGUGACUUGUUUGGAGUUCAAGGCAUUUGAUGUUUUCUCAUAUCAGGUCAUUCAUUCAGAUCACUCACUGUAAAUCCACUGAAUUAUCCCCUCUACCAAACAUCACCCAAAAUCUGCCUCAGCUUGCUGAAUGAAACCACAGUUAGUCUCAGGUCUUGUUAUUAUACACCCACUACAGCCCUAGGAGGCAUCUUUAUCAGAAGACAUCUGUAGUUUCACACUGUACCUUAUAGCAACAAACAGUCAUUUAUGCAGAGGAUCAAAUAAAAUACAAGGCUGUUGCUCUGUUAUAAUUCAUCUGGCUCAAGGUGAUUAGACACCGAGAUGUUCAUGUACACAGCCCACAGGUACAUUCCACUCUCUAGGCCCAGGCUGCUGUUUCCAUUCCCUCUAUGUCUUCCAGUUCACCUGCUGCAGGGUCAUCGGGUCCUCGUGUCAUCAGGCUGGACCUCUGUCAAGUAGCAUUUUAAAGACGCAGUUUUAGAUUCUGAACCCACAGUACUUCCCACCUGUCAGGUGCUCUGCGAAAAUGAACAUAAAGAAACAUUUUCUCAAAAGUUUAGACGUCAGGAAUACUCACUUUGUAAAACUGCAAUUCAAAACUACAGCAAAACAAAUGGAUUUUUAUUGAAUAGAAUUGAAUGUGUAGCACAGUCACUGCACAGAACACUGUCACUGUAGCACUGUACUCCAGCUCUCCUGCUGAUACAGUGAACGAUCACUUUGUGGGUUCCUCAUGCAAAUAGAGAAACCAGCGACUGUGAGGUCACAUAGUGGCAGCAGUAACAAAUCCUGCAAAGCAAAGCUAGCUAAGGUUUGUGACCAGAGAACUUAAAGUCACCGUUAUCCUGUUUAUUAAUGUUGGUAAGAUCAGUAGCACUCACAGGGGCGUGUGUCACUGUGGUUACUGUCAUGAUGCUGACUCCAUUAGGCUGCACCUUAACCCACAAUGAAAAUAUUUCCUUUUGUUUGUUACUUCAACCUCUAGUCAUCUUUUCACAGUUGUCCCUGAACUCUCCUCCUAAAAACAUGUAUGAUGAUGUUUACGUGCCCAGGCUGCUUCAGAACAUGAUUAUUUUGAGCCACUGCAGGCUGAGCAUACUGUAGGUUAAUCAUAAACUUUGUCCCCGCCACUUUUUUUGCCUCAAAAACAUUCAUGUCAGAGAAAGUUCUGGUCGCCGUUUUGUACUUUGUCUCCUUGGAGGCUCACUAGACAGUAAAUGUUUUGUGUUUUUUGUGGACAAACAUGGAACAAGCCAAAUAUGACACAGAUUACUAAACGUGUUGUGUGAUGUUUCAUGUUUGUAACUUUUUGCGUAUAAUCAGAAACAGGUUGGCUGAGCUGAAUGAAAUGAUAGACAAUCAGGUGUAGCUGAGGUGAGUUCAGGCUGUGAUGAUUAAAAUGAGACACUUUGAAUUUUCCUGUUUUCUGGUUUGAGAGAGUGUUUUCCUCAAAAUCAGGAUCUCAAAUUUGAAUAUUGAUCCAAAUUCAAUCCUUUAAAUCUAAGACUGGACAUGUUUAUUCAUUCCUCACUUAGUGUGUGUUGAAUAAUUCUAAACAUUUGUUGGGGGGUGGACAACAAAUAGUCUUUAUAAUGAAGCUGAGAACUGGCCUCCUACUAAAUGCUGGUAAUUUGUAUUUGGUGUGUCCUGUACUUUCUGAGAGGCAGCUGGUGAAAAUGAAAAUAACCAGCUAAUAUUGGGAUUUUGGAAUUUGAAUGAUUAGGCAACUGUCAGGCAAAUAAUCCUAAUUCAGAAUUAAGUCAUAAUACAAGACAAAGGUGUAAUAUUUUGAGAAAACUGUUACUGUUGCUCUAAGAUUAGGUCAAUUUGGAAUCAUUUGAGCAUUUCCUUAAAGUCCAUACUGUAGCCUACAGGUGCUUACAACUUUUUUUUUUCUCUUAAAAUAUUGUGACUCGUAAAUUUUCAGCUUUAUUCUCAAAAUGUUACAACUUUUUUUCUUGAAACAUUUUGACUUUAUUCUCAAAAUGAAAUCUUGUAUCAUUUAUUUUCCAAACUGAGACCCUGAUGCUCAUUGUGUAUAACUUCCUGUUUUUCCUUUUUGUUUUUUUAGUCCCUUGUCCUACCUGCCUUUCAUUCAGGUGUAAACAAACACUUUAUAUGGUAUUACAGACUGUUGUUCCUGUUAUGCCUCAUUCGAUCAGUUGUCCUUCUAUUGUCAAUGUGAAAAUCCCAAACCUGUUCACUCUGCUGGUAGACUGAUGUUUCUUAUUAAGUAGACUGUAACUACAUUUUUACGGACCUGGUUCUACUGCUGUGUGUAUGUUUGUGUGCUUCUGUGUGGGUAUGUGUGUAUGCAUAUACAUGAUUUCAUGCCUUAACACUUUCAAUCACUACUUGAUGGAUUAUGAUUCUGACUAGACACUACGACUGUUAGUGAUGGUGAAAGGAGACUUCCAUGACACUUUUCUCUUCUCAUCUCACAUAUCUGAAAAGUCUUUGAGCAAUUGUAAUGUCAUUUGUAUGCCAAGUGGUGUCUGCAUCUUUUGGCUGAUGUGUUUGAAGCAACGGCUCUCAUUGACAUUCCUCACAGUUUUCAGAUUGCUGAGACCACUGCAGAUUGAGUAUUUUAUAGGGUUUUUUUAUGUGGUUACUGAGUGCCUCAAAGUCAGCACUCUUCUAACCUUGGUUGUGUUUUCUGAGAGAGAAAAGGUGAGGUCCUUGGGGAUCUUUCAAGAAGCAGGACAGCUGGGGUUCAUGUUUUUUCAACAGUCUCCCUGCUUUGCACAACAGAGUUUCCAAAGGUUUCCUGUUGAUGUCUUUACCAGUAGCCAGUGAGCAGCUCCAGUGCUGCUGUUCAGGGUUUAGUAUUUUGCUUAGCGGCAUCUUGAUAGACAUUUUUGAAAUGUCCUUUUUAGGUGAGUAGUCCUGGUUCUUGGGAAAACUCCUGCAGGACUUAAUCUCUGGUUUCCACCGUGAGCAUGUGGUGUCACCAGAAACCAUGACCACUACUGACCAGCCAACCUACUCUGUAGAGUAUGUGACAAAAAAGCAAAAAUGAAUUCUUUCUCUGAUGGACUGUUAGGAUUCUCAUUGACUCGCCUCUUGACAUAUUUUGCCAGACAUCAGAUUCCAACCUGCGCCAUCUUGUUUUUGUAAAUUUCACUGGUGUUGUAAAAACAUAGACUUCACUUUGCAAAUAUUACUUUUUUUGCAAAUACAGUUUUUGUAAAAGUCA